AUCAACGUGGCCCAUUUGCCUUCCCUCUCCGUAGUCUUGGGAUAGGUUGCUCGAUCUGUUUCAAUCUCUCAAGCUAAACCCUGUUAUUUUAUUUUCUCAAGCAGAUUUACGACAAAGCCCGGGAAAUCUUCCCAGAAACUUCCUCUAUCUUUUGUCCUUACUGGGUAUGGUAAAGAAUAAGAAAGUUUGUAUCUUUGUGAUUGGUUUUAGAUAGGAAGUACGUCAAUGGCGGGAAUAGCUAUAGUCUUGGAUUUGUUGCGGAAAAACCCAAGUUUAUACACGGGCCAAAGCCUCCACUCUAAUGGGUUGUUCUCGGCUACCGUCGCGGCAUCUGCCGCCGCCGCCGCCGUCUCCGCCGGAACCCCUUUUGCCUCUAGGGCGUUGUUCGGGAUAUCGGUUGCUCAUUGUGAUGCUGGUGCAGCAUUGUCUGAAGAUUACAUUUCCAGUAUACGAAGCGCAACUACAAAUAUCUUUCAGCAUGAUUCUUUGAAAUACAGAACAAAAGAAUAUAAAAUUGAGUUAAAACCUUUGUUCUCAGCUUUUGAAUUAAGGGCAUUUGCUAUGACUUCCGUGAGGUCGUUUUUGAUGUUCUAUUUGCCUCUUUUGGAGCCUCGUUCAAACAUUGAGGAGGAUGAUGAUGAGUUUCUUCAGGACACUCAAGAAGAGCGCCAUUUAGAUUUGGUUGUUCCUUUAAAAAAAUCAGUGAAGCAAAUUGUCCGUGAGACUACUGUUGUAACCACUAGACGAGUGCUAGAACGAAUUGCUGUCCAUCAUGUUUCACAGAGGAUGGCAUGGAAACUUUUGAAAGACGCUCCCAAAUCUGCUGUGCGCAAGGCUGAAAGAGGGAUGCCUAGAUUGGUUUACUUCUAUAGUGUUAGCAGAACAACUAUCAGAGGACACUUUCUAGGGGUUGCUGCAUCAUGGCUUGUUCAAGUUGGUAUUGAAUUCUACAGAUACAUCUCUUCUCUUAUUAAAGAAGAGAGUGAUGAACUUGAUAAAGCCGAAAAAAUUAAAUUUCUAGGGAAAAAGGUUGCUGGUGCUACUGUGAAGUGUAGUGCAUCACUGGUUUUUGCUUCCAUUGGGGCAGGGAUUGGUGCCACCCUCAUUCGUCCUUCGGCUGGCCAGUGGAUUGGCUGUGCUGUUGGGGAUUUGGCUGGGCCCAUUAUUGUAUCAGUUUGCCUCGAGAAAGUUCUGCAUAUGGACCUUUAAGCACUGGGUGAAAUUAUUACAACAUAUUAUUUGCAUCUGCUUAAAAUUGUUGGUGUACUUUAUAAAAUGUUGAGGUACUUGAUGAUAAAUCUUUGAAUAAUGCUACUUACUAAAAGCAGGUGUUGAAGCAGAAGCCAAUAUGGCGGUCAGUUGAAAUUUUACCUAUCUAUGGCCACUGUGAUCUCCUUCGUUUUUUCUUUUUUUGAUGAAUUUUUCAAAUAAUACAUUUCUGCUGCUGAUGAGUUAUGAGUUAUGAUUGUUGGAUGGUUGAACAAUGUCUGCUCUCUCCUUCUCUGUCACUCGCGCAGGCGCGCUGGCAUGAUGUAAUGUAAAACUAUGGUUGCUGUUCAAUUACGUGGUUCUGAUUUAUGCAAACUUCUACUCUAAACAGAAAUCCAUUUUGGUUCAUAGUGCGAUGUACAUGUGUGUGUAUGAAGCAGAGAGGUAGCUUGAAAUUUCCAAUUGGAACAGCUUUCAGAAUUUCCAGUACUGGACACUCAGCUCAUUGCCAUGAAAGCCCGGCAAAUGUUGCAAAUACAGGUGGGCACUUGAUGAGAUGAUUGGAGGUUUGGAUACUUUUUCGCCAGUGUGUGUACCCGACCUCUGAAAUCGUAUGAAGUAGCUUCACUUCGCCUGUAGCUGCAUGAUCUGCCAUGUAAUGUUAACCCAACCAAUUAUGUGUCCUUUGUAUUACUGAUUUUAAUGCAACAAAUUGGGCAUUGCAAUUA